AUGCCACACAAAGAAUCUAAACAAAAUGAAUUAUUAAAUGCCAUUACUAACUGGAUAAUAAUGGAUUCUCAAUCUUUUAAUGCAGUAAAUGGGUUAGAGUUUCAGAAUAUGAUAAAGAAAUUUGAUUCAGCAUUUCGUUUGCUAUAUUAUAGAACUAUCAAAAAGACUUUGGGCAUUAGUUAUCAAACAACGUUUCAAGUAAUAAAAGAAUUAAUUGGAUAUGAAAGUCUUAAUAAUAAUGAUUAUAAUUUGACUUUGGAUAAUUCAACAUUUAGCCAACCUUUGCUUAAUCAAGUUUCAUCAGAUUUUACUUUAGAUCAAAUAUUAUCCGAACCUACAGAUGAACUUUCUUUAAAAACUAAUAGAGAGGUGAAAAAAGUCUAUGAAAUAUUAAAAAAAUGGUUCUUAAAAUUAUGGGAAUGGGACUUGCUUGAUCAACUAAUUGAACUUUUUAAACCAAUUGAAGAAGUAAUGGAGUGGCUUAGUGGUCAAAAAUAUUGCAUAUUAUCAUUAAUAUUUCCUACAAUUCAAGUAUUAAAAUAUGAUUAUAUCAUAAUUGAAGAAAAUAGUAAAGACGAAACUGAAGAAGAACCUGAGAUAAAAGAUAUUGAUGAUAAUACUGACGAUAAUACUGAUAACGAAGUAGACGAACCUAAGAAACCAAAUAUUGAUAAAAUUAUUAAAUUGGUUAAAAAUACAAUCUAUGAUGCCCUCUUUAAAUAUUUUGAUUUUCUGCCAGAUUCUGUUUUACUUGCAA